GGGAAGUGGGGGCUAGAACUAGCCCAGCUCUCACUCAGCAGAGGCACUGUCUGCUGGGGCAGAGGCAGGCGAGGGACCAUGGCUGGCUUUAAUGUCCACAGCGUUCUGGUGACUGGGGCCAAUCGGGGAAUCGGCCUGGAGCUCGUCAAGCAGUUUCUGGAGAAAUCAAACCCACCCGAGUGGGUCUUUGCGACCUGCCGGGACCCAGAGGGACAGCGAGCGCAGCAAUUGAAGAACUUGGUGUCCAGGCAUCCAAACCUGGUGAUCGUUGUGCUAGAAGCUACAGACCCAGCCAGCAUCAAGGCAGCAGCAGCCAGAGUUGAGGAGCAUCUGAAAGGCUCGGGGCUGAAUCUGUUGAUAAACAACGCUGGGAUAGUGAGGCUGAACACACUAGAGUCUGAGACGCCAGAGAACAUGUCCCUGGUGUACGCAACCAGUGUGAAGGGGCCCCUGCUGGUGAACCAGCAGCAGCCCAGCCUUCCUUAG